CUGAAUGUUUUCAAGUCAGAUUUGCAUAACAGCGACACAGACACUGUCUUUUCCCGUCCGUUUAAGCGCGUUUAACUUUAUUCGGUUCCAGCAAGAAGCGGGGCCGUUUCCCGGAACGGAUGACAGACAUACCAUCGGGCUGAGCGCUUGUAUUGUUACUUUGUAUCAUUUCAGCGAAGACGCAGCGCGUGCCCGCUGCUCGCGCUUUUGCUUUCCGCGCAGUCUCCGCCUCCGCGCGCCUCGCUCCUCUUUAUCGCCGCCGCUUUGAGGAAACGAAGCGAGUUCACAGAGGGGCUCGUCCGCGGUGCGCGCUCUGGCGAACAUGGCUUUCGCGCUGCUCUCGGGGCUCUGCGCGCUCUCAGUGGUGCUGGCCGUGAUCCCUGACCCCGCUAACGUUACCGUGGUUUCCUACAACCUGGGCGUGGUCUUGGAGUGGGACUAUCCCCAUGAGUGGCACGAAAACGUAACUUUCACGGCCAGCUCCAGCAGUUACAAGGCCAACAAGAUUGUGUGUGCGAACCAGACGGAGCGGAGGUGUGACUUCACCAAGGACGUCCAUCACUUUGGGACAUAUGUGUUCAAGGUGAGGGCAGAGCUACAGGGCGAGGCCUCCCGUUGGGUCAACACCUCGGACUUCUCCGCUGAUAAACACACCAUCAUCGGGCCUCCUGGCAUCACUCUGUACUCUAAAGAUGGGGACAUGGAAGUGGAGCUCCAGGAUCCCGUGAUGAGGGCCUCCACGCUGAGGGAAGUUUACAGCAUGGUGACAUACAACAUCACUUUCUGGAAGGAAGGCCAAGAAGAGGAGAAAAUUAAAAAGAACACUGAGCAAACGAGGUUGAUGCUGCCCAACCUUCAGCCCUGGACCAACUACUGCGUGCAGGCCCAGGUCUACAUUAAUGCAUACACUAGGAACGGAGAGCUGAGCAAAGUGGUGUGCAAGGCCACCACCUCCAAUGGGAAUGUGGAGCCUGGGGUGGUCGCCGUGGUGCUGGUGGUAAGCUUCCUGGUGACCUCUACGUGUAUCCUGCUGACUUUCUUCACUGGACGGGUUGUCUACCGAGGCCUCAGGUUUUUCUACCCCAACGCCAAGCUCCCAGAGCACUUUAAACAGUACCUGAUCGAGCCACCCCCCUCCUCCUUCUUCGUGAAGAGCAUCCCCCAGGUGAAGGAGCAGUUCGACCCCAUCGUCAUCGUUUCGGAGGAUGCCGUGGAACGGACCGACGCCACAGAGGAGCCGCGGGAGACAGAGGAGCAGAAUGUGGAGGAAAGCGCUAAAGAUAAAAUAGAAAUGGAGAAGGACCUACUUUUGCUGCCUGCCUGAGGACGCUAACCAUUAAAGGCAGAAAGGAAAGAAAAAGACACAACUGGGCAUUAAGCUGAUUGUUGUUUUU